CGAUUCCACUCGACCGGGAGAUGCAUUCCUCUGGUGGAAGUUUGUCCGUCGUGACUGCGUCUUUUCUAUCUCGCCGUAGGAAUCGUGAGUGCGAGAUUCGGGGAGACGGAGAGAGAGACGGAGAGAGAGACGGAGAGAGAGACGGAGAGAGAGACGGAGAGAGAGACGGAGAGAGAGACGGAGAGAGAGACGGAGAGAGAGACGGAGAGAGAGAAGGAGAGAGAGAAACAAGAAGAGGGCGGGAGGGAGAAAUGCCGCGCUUGCCUUGGUGAGCAGAACAGCAUCAGUCAGCAACAUCAAAGGUCGCCGGGAGGGAAAGAGAGACCCUGUAAAUCUGGAGUCUCGCCUGCCCCUUCCUAAUGAUACCAUCAACAUGGCGGGAAGCAGCGACUUCUGUCGGUUCGUCUACAUCCUCCCCUCUUCUUUCUGUUCUUCUCUCUUCUCUAUUGUCUCCUCCUCCUCCUCCUCCUCCUCCUCCUCCUCCUCCUCCUCUCCCCCCUCAUCCUCCUCAUCAUCAUUGUUAUCAACAACAUCGUCAUCAUCGUCGCCGCCAGUCACUUACCUACAAGUAUGUUGCAUAUCUGGUCGUCAGAAUCGAAGCCAACAACUCUUGCGCUCAUGACAUAUCUCCACGCGGAUACUAUUAUCGUUUGCAGACGCCGUUGUCGAUAUCAAUGUUUCAAAGCGAGAAAUGGGAUGACGCUUCACCCGAUGAGUCUCUCGAUAGUCUUGGCGAUGUUUAUCAGGAUGAGCACACCCGAAAUCUCCAUCCCGCGAUUCUGGCCGCCAUCAUCAUGGGAUGCAUUACCGGCUCCUUUGCUAUAAUUACAUGGUCCCUAACCAUCUUCACGGCCUGCUUACGCGCGCGGAGGCGCGCAAGCGACUUGGAAGCAAACAGAUACUCACGUCCUGGCUUUGUCCAGCCAAACCGUCGGAUUUAUUCUGCUACCACCACCACGCCCGAUGGAUCUAGCGAGUGGGACACGGAAGACUCACAACCAUCAUCGACCCGUGUCGCGAGACGUCAAGAGCCCAGCGGUAUUGCCAUCACAGCCGCCGCUAAAGAACAGCACGAUUUUCAAGGCUUCCCGACCACACUGUUCCACACGCCCGUUGUCCUGCUUGGCCCUCUUGCUGUCAUACUCACAUGUAUGAGCAUGAUAUGUCGAUGCACUCGGAAUCCCAAGCCUUAUCAGGAACAAGCUGACCCUUUUGUCGAGCCAGGCGCUUUCACAGCGAGGCAGCUAGAUAUGAUCCCCACUACGAUGCACCGAGGAAACGGCCUAAGCAAUGAAUCUGCACCGUUGACCUCCGUUGCAACGUGUGCAGAACCAUCUACACCUAGAAUCGACUUCACACCCACAAUCUUAUCCAUGUACGCUUCCCUCUGGAUUUGCAUCGGAGUAGUCGGUCUCUGCACCAUCGCAAACGGUUGCUCGACCUGUGUCAGCCGUGGCGUCUGCUUUUGUUGGCCCAAGUCUGACAAUCAGCGAUGCCAAUCUCUGUAUAAGACCGACGAUUCUGCCCACCAACACACACUCGCCGGAACCAGUCGCGGAGCAAAGAACCCUCGCAAGAAGCCGAUACUACUGGCUGGAGCCGUAUCCAUACCAGAGCAGGCAAGGGACGUCGAAGGAGCCUUGGGGCCCACUGCUCCUAUACCUCUUCUUGCGUAUACACCCCGGCCACUGUACCUGAUCAGGGAAACGAGCCAUGACUGUCUCGCGGCUACACUGGCAUGAUGGGCGUUAACAUUGGGACAUGCGAAGUGGGGGGAAUGGAUUCCAACACUGGUCU